CUCUUUCUUUCCCAUUCAGUCGUUGCGUGCUAUCCGAGACUUGAAGGUGCGCGUGUGAGUGUCGUGUACACGUGUGUGGUUAAUUUGCUGUGUAUUUGUUGUGUGUACUCUUAACACCGCCCGUUUGAGUUUUUAUUUUUCCAGGUUAUUUGAUUUGGGUUUUUCUUUCCCGUCUUCUCCGUUGUUGUUGUUGAAGAAGGUCUGCUGUGCUGUUUGGUUAAUAGAACUCGGUUCCGCGUGCCGUGCACUUUAUUUUCUCCAGUUAUACCAUUGGAGUCGGCAUAUCAAAACUUUGGGGACAAGGGGGGAAAGGUAAAAAGAAAAAAAAAGCGGAGAUUACCUGGCCAAUUGCUUCCGGUGCCGGAUUAUAUCGUGAGGGGCGGUGUGUGUUUGUGCUAUUGCGUGUUUCGGCUUUUUUUCUCUCUCUCUCUCUCGUAAUAAAGGACGGACAACACAAACAGCAGUUUGAAAUCUAAGAUGAAGCGAAUGGAGUGGUUCAACUUGGUCGUCGUCGUCGUGGCUGUCUCAACUUUGGCUAUUCAAUCCGCUUCGGCUAUACAGUGGCUGGCUUUGUCGCGGUCGAGCGCGGUAGCCUCGGCGGCGAUCGGGACGCCAUCCAUCUGCGACCAGCUGGCCGAGACGCUGGAUACGAAGCAAGUGCAGUUCUGCAAGAAGCACCCGGGUUUCAUGAUGAGCGUCCAGACGGGCGCCAGCCGGGCCAUCGACGAAUGCAAGUUCCAGUUUCGCACCAGACGCUGGAAUUGCUCCACCUUGGACGAGACGGCCGGAGCGGCGACCAGCGGCCGACAGCUGCCCACCAUCGUCCCUCUGGCCGGCAUGCCGCCGCCGCCUCAAGCCUCUCCUUCCACCAACAAUAAAAGGAAAACCGCCAAAGUGAGCCGUGAUCUCUACUCCAACGUGACGCGAAGCGACGGCCCGUACAAAGCCAAACCUCCCAAGCCCCGGAAAACUCCGUCGUCGCCCUUCGGACCUAACCCCGUUGUUCCCGGAGGCACUCGGGAGGCGGCCUUCGUGCACGCCAUUUCGGCCGCCGGCGUGGCGCACGCUCUGACGCGGGCCUGCUCGGCCGGUGAGCUGGACGACUGCGGCUGCGACCGGACGGUGCGCGGAGCUUCGCCCGAAGGAUUCCAGUGGGCCGGCUGCUCGGACAACGUCCACUUUGGCACCAGCUUCUCGCGGACGUUUGUCGACGCCCGCGAGCACCGAUUCUCCAAGCGCAAACCCAAAGCCAAUCUCAACGGGACGGCGGCCGCCCAGCAGCAAAUGCAAAUCUGGCGGGCCCUCAUGAACCUGCACAACAACGAAGCCGGACGCAAGAUCAUCGAGAAAAGCAUGAGGAUUGAAUGCAAAUGCCACGGCGUGUCAGGUUCGUGUGAGCUGAGGACCUGCUGGAAAGCCAUGCCGUCCUUCCGCGAGAUCGGCGAGCAGUUGAAGGAGAAAUUUGAUAGCGCCACGGAGGUGGAGCCGCGGACGUCGCAUUCCGGCUCGCGACGCCACCUGGUGCCGCGCAGUCCAACUUACAAGCCGCACACGGACGCCGAUUUGGUCUACCUGGAUCGCUCGCCAGAUUACUGCGAGUACGACUCCAAAACGGGAUCGCUCGGCACCCACGGACGCCCUUGCAAUAAAACGUCGAAAGCUAUCGACGGAUGUGACCUGCUCUGCUGCAAUCGAGGCUACAAGAGCCACCGGGAAAGGAGGGCCGAGCGGUGCAUGUGCAAAUUCCACUGGUGCUGCUCUGUCCACUGCAAAACGUGUCUGCGCGAAGUUGAAGUGCACACCUGCAUGUGACACGAUUAAACGACAUGAGCAACUGCACCCCCCAAAAAAACAAAAAAAAAACGUUUCAAACAAUUUUUAAUUGUUUCGAGACUUUUUCAAGUUGUAUCCCGCGUCUCUUUUUUUUCCCUUUCAACCACACAAAAGAUAACCAUUUCGCUGUAACACAUUCAUCUUUAACUUCGAUCAUCGUCAUUUAUUCUUUUUUGAAAUCAUUCAUGCAUUCUAAUAUCCGUCAAUUAUUAUUAUUAUUACUAUAAUUAUUAUUUCUCCCCUUUUUAUUAUUAUUAUUAUUAUUAUUUUUUCUUCAUUCUUUAAAUCUCAGUAUUAUAUAAUAUCGACGAACAACCGCAGCGACCGACACGCCAGUUUAUAUUUGUCCCGGAGAAAUUGUUGUUGUUGUUUUUGGAUUCAUUAUUCAACCUCAUCCCGUCACGAAAAAACCCACAUGUAUGUUUUUUUUAUCUGUGUGUGUGUGUGUGUGUAUGUGUGUGUGUGCGUGCAUGUGACUAAUGUAAAUAAAUCUGCCAUUUUUUUUUAAUAUAAAAAAAAUUAACAGGAGAAUGCAGAUUGUCAUCUUAUUCGAAAUAAUUUGCAAAUCUUCAAGUAAAAAAAAAAAAUCUAAAAAAAUUUCAAAAUAAAAUAAUAAAUAAAAAAAAAACAGUAAAGGCAACAAAUGUUAACCUGUAUAGGAUGUUUGUUCCCCUUGCUCGGUGUCGAAGCGGUUUCUCCAGUUCAACCUGCCAUUAUUAUUAUCUAUUCCUUUCUGCUAGCUUUUUUCCUUUUUUUUUUCUCUUUUUUUUUUUCCUUUUUCUGAAAUGUGAAUUCCGUUUUGACGCAUUUCUUUUGACUGUUGCCCUCCUCUCUCUUUUCUCCCCUCGAUAUUUCUUGAACCCACAGAAGAAAUUCAUAUUAUAUUCCCUACAUGCCGCCCACCCGCCGUCCCUCCCGCCUCUUUCAGUGUCUACGUUAUUUGUGUGUAUAAAUGCAAUAAAUAACACCUGUAUUUUGUUCCGAGA